AUGGAUCCUCAAGUCGUGCUCAAAGCUGGCCUGGUGACAGUAGAGAAGAUCAGGGAUAAAUCCUCUCAAUCCAUCAUCUUUCGAGAAAACCUGCUCAUUCUUCCCAUCCUUGCUAUCUUCUCCUUGCUCGUCCUCAUCCUCGUCGCUACCCUCCCCCGGAUAUAUCGCUUCACUCACAAACGUCUUAUUCUUCCUCUCCAGGAACGCUUUGCCAAGCCUUAUCACGCUAUAGAGGAGGAAGACGAGGUCGAAGAUGAUCAACCGGUGCCUCCAACUCCCAUAUACGCCGAGUCUCAAGGUCUUCUCUCUGACUUCAAGGCUCACAUACGCUCGCUCAGAGAGUAUGGGACGAUACUCUUUGCCCUCGAGGUAGUACGAACCCUCUGUCUGGCUGCACUCCUCGGUUUAAGCAUCUAUGCAGCCAUUCAAGCCGAGACGCCCGAGAAGGCCGACGGGCCCGUGAAUUUCAUCGAGAUCCUGAAAAAGAAGAAGCACAAGCACAAGAACAAGCACAAAAACCACCAUGACAAGCUCAUCUUGGGAGAAUACUCUCUCCUCGAGCUUGGAGAGUUUGGUGUCUGUGGUUUCUAUGCUUAUACCCUCAUCGCUUCAUUCCUCCUCCUCACGCUUCGUCCAGCAACUCCUCUGAGAAGACAUGUAAUCGCUCAUGUUGAUGCUCUUCUUGCUCUGGCAUUUGUGCUAUAUGCCUAUCGGGAUCUCUGGCCACUUUUGACCUAUCAUAUCGCCCCGUCCGACUUGCAAAACCCCAUUACAUGGGCUCGUAUAUCUCUGUUGACCGUAGUGGCGGUGGUCAUUCCUCUGAUUAGACCUCGGACAUAUGUACCCGCUGACCCGGAAAAUCCUAGUCUUCCAGACGACGUUGCUCCCGAACAAACUGCCCCUUGGCUCUCGUUCCUCUUCCACGAGUACAUGUCCUCCCUAGUAUGGAAAGCAUGGAAAACCCCUUCUCUACCUUACGAGGCUUUGCAUCCGUUGCCCGACGGUGAUCGGUCCAAGCUUUUGUAUGACAAACACAUGGACAAGCUUGAUCCGUAUCGCCGGAAACGAAUUGGAAAGAGACCUCGUCAUUUGUUCUUCAGCUUACUUGAGACUUUCAAAUUGGAGACAGUGGUAAUAUGUUUGAUGGCAUUUCUCGCAGCUGUCACGGAAUUAGCAGGUUCGGUGGCCAUUAAUCAGUUGCUCAACUUUCUUGAGAAGAACGGGAAGAAUGCCACAAUUCGUCCUUUCGUUUGGAUCGCUCUUCUCGUCGUUGGUCCGGCUUUCAACUCGGUCUUCAUACAGAUGUAUAUCUGGCUCACCACCCGGAGCUUGGUGCGGGCAGAAUCACUCCUCACUCAACUCCUCUUCGAUCACGCCCUCCGACUUCGGAUGAAAGAUACGACGGAAGAGAAGACAGAGGAAAUUCAGAGCUCACCACCGAUCAUCACCAUUGAAGGUGUAGUGCAAGACGUUCCCGGUACCCCCGGAAGCUCGCAGAACGGCAAUGGCCCCAACUCGACCGCUGAGGAAUCCAUCGACGCCACAGAAAUCGGCAGUGCCUCAGACUCUAACAAAGGGAAGAAAGCGGAGACUGCAGCCGCCAACGCCAAAGAGGCAGCUGACGUCGAAGCUCAAAAGUCCAAAGGCCAAGGUCUCGCAGGGAAGAUCAACGUUUUGAUGGCCGCAGAUGUCGACUCGGUUCUGAAUGGUCGGGAUCUCGCCCUCGUCUUCAUAUAUACUCCAACGCAGAUCCUUCUUAGUGUGGUCCUGUUAUAUCGGAUUUUGAGUUGGAGUUCCAUCAUCGGUAUAAUGACCCUUGUGGCCACUCUGCCCCUGCCUGGUUUAAUCACUAAGAGGAAUGCGCAAUUUCAACAACAGCGCAUGCUGGCAACGGACUCACGUGUGGACACGAUCACAGAGGCGAUAAACUCAGCAAGUGGAUGCACCGUAAAGCUACGGAUGGUCAAGAUGUUUGCUUGGGAGGAUCGGAUGAAAGAGAGGAUCUCAGCUAAACGAGAAGUUGAGUUGGAUCUCAUUUGGCGAAGACGACUUAUGACUCUAUCGACAGUCCUGCUGAACAAUAUCCUUCCAGUGUUGACCAUGGCCGUCACUUUCACUUUCUAUACAGCUGUUCAGAAGAGGCAAUUGACCGCGGCAGCGGUGUUCACCAGUAUGACCGUUUUUGAGCUGUUGAAGAGUGCUACGGGAAUGUGUUUCUACUUGAUAAACGAAUUUGUGACCGGAUAUGUGUCUAUACAGCGGAUCAAUAAAUUCCUCUUGAAUAGCGAGAUGAUCGACGAAUUCACCACUAAUUCCAAUUACAAGGACACCACUGUCAAACCAGCAUCCUUGAUCGAGGCGAAAGAGCAAGGCUUAAUCAGAUUUCACAACGCCUCAUUCACUUGGGGAACCCCCGAAGGUCACGUCACUCCCGGAUUCAGCCUUUCCAUUCCCGAUGUGACCUUUGUCAAGGGCAAAGUCAACCUCAUCACUGGACCCACAGGCAGCGGCAAAUCUUCCCUGCUCAAGGCUUUGAUCGGUGAACUUCACUUCAUCCCCGGAAUUGAGGGGUUUUUCCAUUUGCCUCGGGAGGGAGGUGUCAGUUACGCAGCUCAGGAAAGCUGGUGCUUGUCAGAGACGAUCAAAGAUAACAUUCUUUUCGGUGAACCAUACGAGGAUUUCAGGUACAAGAAAGUGUUGAGAGAUUGCGCGUUGGAAGCGGAUCUGAAGUUGUUCGACGAUGGGGAUCAAACAGAAAUUGGUGAGAAGGGAAUAACCCUGUCCGGUGGCCAAAAAGCUCGUGUCACCUUGGCCAGGGCCGUAUACGCCAAAACGGCUGUCGUUCUCCUUGAUGACAUCUUCUCCGCUUUGGACACUUUGACUUCGAGAUGGAUCAUCGAUCAUCUGUUCCAAGGUGAAUUGAUGCAGGGGAGGACCGUGCUUCUCAUAACACAUCAUAUCGGUCUUGCGGCACCCAUGUCAGACUAUAUGAUAGCGUUGAACGGAGAUGGUACCAUUCGCACCCAAGGUCCUAUCGAUCAGCAAUUGAUAGAGAUUGAACAACUAAAAGAGGGUGAAGAAGAGGUGGAAGAAAUCGCUGAAGAAAUUGCACCACCUGAGACCAAGACAGAGGAAAAGAAAGUGGGAUCCAAGUUGGUUCAGGCGGAAGAGAAGGGAGAAGGACGAAUCUCUCGUAAAGCCUUGGUAUCCUUUUUCAGUACAUUUGGUGGACCAGUUUUCUGGCUGACUUAUAUCUUCCUCCUCACUUCAGGUCAAGCAAUGUCCGCAUUCCAGACUUGGUGGUUAGGUCGUUGGGCAAAAGAGUAUGACAACGUGACAGAUACACGUCAAGUAUCCAUAAUCUUCUGGCUUGGACUGUACUUCGUCUGGGUACUCGUGGGAAUCGCUACCUUGGCCGCCGGAGCUAUCUUAUACUAUGUUGGAGCUAUCAAAGCCUCAAGAACCAUCCACCGCAAGCUUGUGGACAGGAUCUUUGGUGCGUAUAUGCGAUUCUUAGAUGCGACGCCUGUGGGAAGGAUCAUUUCGAGAUUCACCAAGGAUAUGAAAGCGAUAGAUGGACAAUUUAUCGAUGUGAGACUUAUCUUCGGAGAUGUCAUGGACAUUACUCUGGCCAUGCUGAUCAAGCUCGCCGUCGUCAUUUCCCUUGUUCCCUUAUUCUCUGUUCCGUCAGUGAUCAUCGGCGUCAUCGGUGGUAUCAUCGGCGAGUUGUAUAUCCAUGGCCAGCUCAGUGUCAAGCGGGAAAUGUCCAACGCCAAGAGCCCGUUGUUCUCUCACUUCUCAGCUGCUGUCUCGGGCAUCGUCUCUAUCCGUGCUUAUGGUGCUCAAGAAAAACUUCGCGCAGAGGCGAGAAGGCGAGCUGACAAGUACACCCGAACGGCCAGAGUAUUUUACAACUUGAAUCGAUGGGUGACGAUACGUAUAGAUCUGUUGGGUGGUCUAUUUGCUGCUGGUCUCGCCGCUUUCUUGGUCUACGGUCCACACUUGGAUGCCUCCACAUCAGGUUUUGCCUUAUCCCAAGCUAUUUCUUUCUCUGGAAUGAUCCUCUGGUGGGUCCGGAUGGUCAAUGAAUUAGAAGUUCAAGGAAAUUCAGUUGAAAGAGUGGAGGAUUACUUAGUCAUCGAUCAAGAACCAUCAUCGGAAGAAUCUAAACAACCGCCAGCUGCUUGGCCAACAUCAGGGGAGAUUGUGCUAGAUAAGCUAUCGGCUAAGUAUUCCCAAGAUGGACCGAUUGUCCUGGCUAAAUUAGAGGUGCGGAUUGCCAGUGGAGAGAAAGUUGGUAUAGUCGGUCGGACAGGAAGUGGCAAGUCGACCCUUGCACUGGCGUUGUUGCGAAUGAUUCCCACGUCUGGGGAUGUUGUCAUUGAUGGUCUCAAAACUUCCAACGUCAACUUACAUGCCUUAAGAUCAAACAUCACCAUAAUCCCUCAGGAUCCAGAUCCAUUUGGAGAACAUGAUGAUGCGGAGCUCAACGACGCUAUGCAAUCUUCUGGUUUAGGUCAAGCUCGACAUUCCGAAAGCGGGGCUGCGACUCCACAGAGGUUGACUUUGGAUACUCCUAUCGCUGCUGGUGGCGGAAAUCUGUCUCAAGGACAGAGACAAUUGGUAGCUCUUGCCAGAGCGUUGGUAAGGGCUAGCAAGGUGUUGAUCCUGGAUGAAGCCACCGCAUCGGUCGAUUUUGAAACAGAUGCUCUUAUUCAAAAAUCCAUUCGAUCUCUUCCACAGUCCUGCACUGUCCUCACUGUCGCUCAUCGCUUGUCGACGGUGAUGGACUAUGACAAGAUACUCGUUUUGGGAGGAGGGAAGUUGUUGGAGUAUGAUUCGCCGGAAAACCUUAAAGGAAAUAAGGAUAGUUAUUUUGCUAAAUUGGUUCAAGCGAUGGAUGGGUGA